AUGUCAAAUAAUAAUAAUAAUAAUCAAACUAUUGUAUUUGUAACUGGUGCAGCUGGGUAUCUUGGUAGUAAUAUCGUUCACGAUUUAUUGGUCAAGGGGUAUAGUGUACGUGCAUGUGUACGAGACCAUACUAAUGAAGCCAAGAUUGCUCAUCUCAAGGCAUUCAAGGAUGCAGAUCGAUUGUUGUCGUUUGUUAGUGCUGAUUUGGAGAGUGCAGACUAUUUGUCACUCAUCAAAGAUGUAACGUACAUUAUUCACACUGCUACACCUUUUAUUCAUGUUUCACCAGACCCAGAGAAUGAUAUUGUCAAGCCUGCUAUUGCCGGCACACUCAGUGUCCUCAAAGCAGCCGCUCUCACACCGUCUGUCAAAAAGGUAGUCGUCACCUCGUCGUGUGGCGCCAUCGUCAACUCGAUCGACCCACACCUCAAGUCUGACACUUACACCUACGAUGAAAGUCACUGGAACACUACCUCUUCCUUGACAUCCGGUCCAUACUUUUACAGCAAGGUUCGUGCCGAACAAGCAGCCUGGGAAUUCUAUAAACAAAAUCAAUUAUCAUCUGAAACAAAUAAAUUAAUUGUAAUUAAUCCAAGUUUAAUUAUUGGACCUAGUAUGACACCAAAUAUAAGUGCAAGUUUAAUGUUGUUGGUGGGAUUGAUCAAAGAUGCAAAGGUACCAUUUCCAACACAGGUGGGGUUGGUCGAUGUGAGGGAUGUGUCAGAGGCACAUGUGUUGGCAUUAGAGACGGACAAGGUGGAUGGUCAACGUGUAUUGGUUGCCAACAAAGUUGUGCCAUGGCCAAAACUAGCGUCACUCCUCCAGGCUGAAUUCCCUCAAUACAAGUUCAACUCGAGUACCGUCGACCAGCCAACCACCGUUGCUCCGUGGGUAUUUGACCAUUCACGUGCCGAAUCUCUUGGUAUCAAAUUCAUCGAUAUUCAUACCACUCUCAAAGACUCUGUCAAUAGUCUUGUUCAAUAUAAGGUUUUUAAUCCUAUUCUUAUUAACCAUUAA